ACUUCAGAGAGCAGAGGACUCACAGAUUCAGCUGCUGAUAUGGACAUAUAAAUAGUGGACAGCCUCACAUCUGCCGCAAGCAGAAAAUCAAUCAGCAGGGAUAUAUUAUAUAUUUAUAAACAUGGCCGCAACCAGCACCAUGGAUUCCUGCACCAGCGGACAAAGAUCCAAACAUUCUGUCAGGCAAUUAAGGAAACCGGCGGUGGAAAAGCUGAGGAGAGACAGGAUAAACAGUUCUAUUAAACAGCUCCGGCUCCUGCUGGAGACAGAUUUUCAGAUACACCAGCCGAACUCCAAACUGGAGAAAGCUGAUAUACUGGAGAUGACGGUCAACUAUUUGAAACAGCAGCACCUGCAAAUGAACGUGGAAUCAGCUGCUAGAAAAACUCUGUUCCCUGACUACAACCAAGGUUACAGCCAGUGUUUGGAGGAGACGCUCCAAUUCCUGUCGUAUGCUGACAAAAUGAGCCCGACACAUCAAAAAGUAUUACAGUAUUUCCACAUAGCCCAGCCAGCGGACAGCAAGGCACAGCUGGCACCUCCAGGCGCCAAAUACCAAUCCGCACCCGCCAUCUGGAGACCGUGGUAAAUCUCAGAUCUUACCAGCCCUUCAGAGCUAGAGAGUCUACGUAUUGCAGUUCCUGACACUCAAGGAUAGGACGCAACUUAGUAACUUUGUUCAAACGAUGAAGAUUCCGGUCAUGUGACCGAUAGUAGAAAACAUAUUUUCCCCCAACUUGGUGAAUUGUUACUUCAUGUUGAAGUGUCACUGCGAAGAGGAUUUCAAAGAAAUGUCUAAAGCACUUGAUUUUUUUUUUUGGUUCUAUAUUUUACAUAUAAAUGACAAAUAUUUGAUUGACUUUGUGUGUUUUAUACGGGGUGUCCAAGCAGUUACUGUGCACUGAAUGUAGUGAUGUAAUAAUGCAGCAAUGUGCUGUGCCUGUUCUCCGUCAUGGGCCGUCCUGCACUGCGCAUGCGGCUGUGUGUAGUGGGGAUGUAGUUAUGUGUUAGGCGGCCUCAAUACCUCCCUCUACAUCCCGAUCACUAAGAACCCCGACAGCCGGAAUGCCGACUAGCAGUGAUUAUUCCCACACGUGGGUGUCCACGACACCCAUAGAGUGGGAAUAAAACCUGCGCUUGCCACCGAUGCCGCAAGGGACUUCUUGUGCUGCCCCCCCCCCAUCCCCCUUC